CCGGAUCAGCUUUCGUCGCCUCCGCAGCCCUGAGGAGCCGUUGCGGCCGCCCCCGCCGUCCCCGCCGGCCACUAUGUCCGCUCAGGCGCAGAUGCGGGCCCUGCUGGACCAGCUCAUGGGCACAGCCCGGGACGGUUCAGUGUAUCUUUGCCUGCCUACAUCAAUCUGCAAGGGAGUUGCAGAAAAGCCUCAUGUUCAUCGAGCCGUGAGUCACAACCAAUUUCUAAGCUGUUAUAACAAAAAAGUGUUUGCUUUUUUUCACAAGUAACUUUAAAAGUGUAGUUUAGAAAGAAAACAUUUUCCAUAAAAAGACACUACAUUAAUCCUGGAUGCUUGCAAAUCCUAAAAUAUAUUCCUCCUUUAGUAUUACACAGCUCUGUGUCCUAUACACAGAUUACCUUUAAAAUUUGUCACAUACCACUUUGCCUUUACUUUUAUGUAUCAUUCCCCCUGACUUCCUUACUGCAGGUGUGGGCAAGAAAACUUUUCCUUUAAAACUUUUCAACAGCGGGCAUAAAAUUCUGCAGCUGAGGUCUUGAAGAAUGCAGAUGGGUACAGUAUGUGUUGGAGCUCACAGUGUGUAUUGACUAACCUAGUUCUUUUUGCUUUUUUUUUGGUACUGUCUUGUUAAAAGUGACUCCCAGGUGCCAACCCUCUCUUUUUUUGAGGGUGGGGACACAAGUGGGAUAAGAAGAAGAGGUCUAGGUUAUUUAACAGUCAGCAGUGGAGUUUGAAAGUUUUCUUCUUGUAAUUUUGGGCAAAAUAAUGCCUAUGCAAUUGUCCAUAACCAAAGAUGAGAUUAAUAAGUAGCAUUGGUGGAAAUGACUAGCUAUAAUUCCUACUUGGUGAUUCAUGGUCCUCUGAUUAGCAUGGGUUUUGGAACCUCAUUCUCCACAUAUAUAUGUGGGGCUAAUGUCCUUUUGGUGCUCUCAGCCUUUUGCUUCUGACUCCUUCACUUCCUUGCACAAUGAUGGGGUCAGAUCUCAUUAAAUGAUUCUUCAUGAUAUACGUAGCAUCAACAAACAUCCAUAUUCCGUUCCAGUUGUAAACAUCUUUAGCUCAGUUUUUGAGUGUAUUUGGUGGGAGAACACAAAUGAUAGUCUGCAAAUCCAGGAGCAUUGUUGUACCAGAUACCCUUUUGUGGUCGAUGUGAUAAUAUUGUCUUAUUUAAAACCACACGUGAAUUUCAGGAGACGAAACCAGACAGAGGGUCAAGUUUACAGAUGACCGUGUCUGCAAGAGUCACCUUCUGGAUUGCUGCCCCCAUGACAUCCUGGCUGGGACGCGCAUGGAUUUGGGAGAAUGUACCAAAAUCCACGACUUGGCCCUCCGAGCAGAUUAUGAGAUUGCAAGUAAAGAAAGAGACCUGUUUUUUGAAUUGGAUGCGAUGGAUCAUCUGGAGUCUUUUAUUGCCGAGUGUGACCGGAGAACUGAGCUUGCCAAAAAGCGCCUGGCUGAGACGCAGGAGGAGAUCAGCGCCGAGGUGUCUGCCAAGGCAGAAAAAGUACAUGAACUGAAUGAAGAAAUAGGGAAACUCCUUGCUAAAGCUGAGCAGCUGGGAGCAGAAGGAAAUGUGGACGAAUCGCAGAAGAUCCUUAUGGAAGUGGAGAAAGUUCGUGCAAAGAAAAAAGAAGCUGAGGAGGAAUACAGAAACUCCAUGCCCGCAUCCAGUUUCCAGCAGCAGAAACUGCGGGUCUGUGAGGUCUGCUCGGCCUACCUUGGUCUCCAUGAUAAUGACCGUCGUCUUGCAGACCAUUUUGGGGGCAAGUUACACUUGGGGUUCAUUCAGAUCCGAGAGAAGCUUGACCAGUUGAGGAAAACUGUUGCUGAGAAGCAGGAGAAGAGAAACCAGGACCGCCUGAGGAGGAGAGAGGAACGGGAACGAGAGGAAAGGCUGAGCAGGAGGUCUGGAUCAAGAACCAGAGAUCGCAGGAGGUCCCGCUCUCGGGACCGCCGUCGCAGGCGGUCCAGGUCUACCUCCCGGGAGCGGCGGAAGGCUUCCCGGUCCCGGUCCCGAGACAGACACCGGCGCCACCGGAGCCGCUCCCGGAGCCACAGCCGCGGCCACCGCCGGACUUCCAGGGACCGGAGUUCGAAAUACAAGUUCUCCAGAGAGCGGGCGUCGAGAGAGGAGUCCUGGGAGAGAGGACGGAGUGAGAGAGGUGCUGUCGACUGGAGGCUUGAGAGCUCCAACGGGAAGACAGCACCACGGAGGUCGGAGGAGAAGGAGGCCGGCGAGCUCUGAGCCCACUGGAGCGUGUAAAUAGUCUUAGAAUGCUCGGCAAAGCCCGAAGUUACCCUUCAUAUUUGCUGAAUAUGACUCAUCUUUUGUAGUUCAAAGUUUCUAUUGUUUUGGAGCUAGCCGCGAGUUUCUAGAGAUGUACAGAGUUGCUCCUGUGUUUUGGGGUUCUGUUGAGUAGGAAUAAUAAACCUGACAGACUGCCUCGAAACAUGA